AUGAGCUACAUCCAUGUGAAGGUCUCGGACGCUACGCUACUUUCAAAAACUUUGGGAUGGCUUUCCUGCUGCUCUUCAGAGUUUCAACUGGAGACAACUGGAACGGCAUAAUGAAGGACACGUUGAGGGACUGCGGGCAGGACUCCAUAACCACCUGCUACAACACCGUCGUUUCUCCCAUCUACUUCGUCUCCUUCGUGCUCACCGCUCAGUUCGUCCUCGUUAACGUGGUCAUCGCCGUCCUGAUGAAGCACCUGGAGGAGAGCAACAAGGAGGCCAAGGAGGAGGCGGAGCUGGAGGCGGAGCUAGAGCUGGAGAGGCAGCUGAUGGGGGGCAACAUGGAGGGGAGGUCCCCCCAACACAACCCUCUGAUCCUGGGCAUGGACAGGAGCAGCGCUGGGGGGUCCCCCUGGAGGUCUGGAGGAGGAGGAGGAGAGGGAGGAGGAGGAGGAGGAGGAGGAGGAGGAGGUGACAUGGAGUCGCCUGAUAUACCCAGAGACUCUGUGAACAUCAGAGCAGAUUCACCUUCAUGUCUGGAGCCCCCGCUGGAGGUGAGGAAUCUCUUUAUUUG